CUCACUACCUACACUCUCUUCAGACCAGAAAUGGCUUUCUCAUCCAUUUCCCAUUUUGCCCCUCUCACAAUUCUCUGUUUUCUUACAUUCUCUUCACACCACAUACCCAUUGAAGCCAUUAACGUCACCAAUCUCUUAUCCUCCAACCCAGAUCUCUCCGAAUUCACUAACCUCCUCACCUCCACCGCCGUCGCCGCCGAUCUAACCCAGCGAUCCUCCGUUACACUCCUCGUCGUACCUAACACCUAUCUCCGCUCCUCCGAUCUCACCCACCAUCCUUACAACCCCUCCUCCGCAAACCUCGCUGAUGUACUCAGCUACCAUGUUCUCCUCGAAUAUCUUUCUUGGUACGACCUCCGCCGUGUCCCACCGAACGGAAAACUCGUCGCCACUCUCUUCCAGACCACCGGCAGAGCUACUAACAACUUCGGCUCCGUCAAUAUCACCAGGAACCCCACCACCAACGCCAUCACUAUCUUCUCACCCACCACCAACGCCACCCUUCUCUCUCUCAUCAAAUCUAUACCUUACAACAUCACCAUCUUCUCCGUCAAUUCCCUUCUCGUCCCUUACGGCUUCGAUCUCAUGGCCUCCGAAACCAGACCCCCAUUGGGUCUCAACAUCACCAAAGCCCUCAUCGACGGCCACAACUUCAACGUCGCAGCUUCAAUGUUAACAGCAUCUGGCGUUGUGGAAAAGUUCGAAGCCGAUGAGGGUGGUGCCGGAAUUACUAUGUUUGUCCCCACCGACGAUGCCUUUUCCGAUCUACCUGCGACGGUUGGAUUUCCAUCCUUAUCAGCUGAUAACAAAACUGUGGUAUUGAAAUUUCAUGUGUUACAUUCCUAUUAUCCACUUGGGUCCCUCCAGUCAAUCGUGAACCCGGUUCAGCCUACAUUGGCUACGGAGGACAAUGGAGCUGGAAGCUACACGCUAAACAUUUCUAGGGUUAAUGGGUCCUUGGCGAUUGAUACUGGGAUUGUUCAAGCGUCAGUGACACAGACGGUGAUUGACCAAAACCCGGUGGCGAUUUUCGGAAUUUCUCGAGUGUUGUUGCCUAGUGAGAUUUUUGGAAAGAACCCAAUUACGGUUGAUGCGCCCAGUGAUAAUGGUGUAAUGGGUAAUGCUCAGCCGCCUGAGAAUUCUCCGUCUUCGCCGCCGGGAUUUCAUGAGGAUAAACGAUCGGAAGCGGCGAGAAAUGGGGUAUGGCAAGCCAUUCUGGUUCUUUGGUGUAUAGGGUUGUAUGUAUUGGUAUCACUAUCACAUUAAAUUGUUUUUCCAUUGUAAUUCUCAAUUUUUCUGGGGGUUUUUUUUAACAAGGAGAAUUGAAUUGGGCUCAAAAGCAGCCAUUUUUCUUCUGAGAUUUCUGAGGUAGAAUUUAAUUUCUUGUUUAUAUUACAAUUAUUUUGGUAGAGUAGAAGUACCAUUAUUUUCUGCUCUCUUCAUUCAAGCUCCAUUGUUAUUGUAAAGAACUUGAAAUUUUGGUUCUGUAAGUAUCAAUUAUGUUGUACAAGUGGUAUUUGAAAAUUG